UUUGAUUGAAGGCUUAUUUAUACCACGUGGUGGUCCCCACAGUUUGCAGUUGAGGUAAAAGUUUCACCUCGAAGCUACAGUUUGAAGUUGUUUUACUUCUUGGAAUAUCAAAGAUGACUUCCACAGCGCUUGUGUUUCUUUUGCUUGGCACAAUAAACGCAAUAUUGGCUAUAGAAAUUAAAGUUAGCGUGGACAAUGCACAACUAUUUACUCCAACAGCAUGGAGAAAUAAGCUCUAUUAUGUCUCUAAACCAAGCUUUGCCAGUUUCGCCGAUGCCAAUACUUGGUGUGCACAGAAUGGAGGAGGCUACGCCGCUGAGAUCGACAGUACCGAAGAGCUCUGGGUGCUUCAACAGUACGUCCCUAGUUCGAAACUGGAUAGAAUUUACAUCGCUGGCACAGACGCUCAGAAAGAAGGAGAAUGGCUAACUCAAAGAAAACAAUCGGUCUUACAUGUUUUUGACUGGUCCGACGGAGAGCCAAACAAUACUGGGGGACAAGAGGCGUGUCUAGAAUUGUAUGGGAACUUGCAGGGCAGAAUGAAUGACUGUCCCUGUGAUAAGCUGACAGUGCUCCGCCCUGUCCUCUGCGAAGUCGAUUUGUUUUAGUUUCUAAAGGCGAACAUUGCAUUGAAAAAAUAAUAAACAUUAAGAUUUUUAAA